AUGAAACAGACAUGGCUUGAUCGUGUUUUGAAUCAGAAAUUCUUCUUAUACACAUUUGUUGUAGUUAUUACAUUGGCAGUCGCUGUUCAUAUAUGGUCUGAUAAAAUUUGUUCUCCAGAUGAAUGGUCAGAUGAGAUGUUAAGAGAAUGGCUUCAAAAGAAUCAUAUUUUUUUUGAAGAAACGGAUAGUAGAGGAGUUCUGAUAAAAAAAGUAAAAAUAUCAUUAAAGAAGCCAUGA